UAUAAAUUCGCUGUCCCCUCUGCGUCUCUUCCUCUCUUCUCCGACUGUCCUCCCCCUACCUCUCGUUUCUCCGGCCUCCAAUGGUGGGCUGCCUCCAUAGCAAACGCCCGGUGCAUCAACGUCCCUCGACGAAGCCCUCAUCGCGUCCUCACCGAAACGUCCACCACCACCGCAUCGCCUCUCUCCCGAUCGCUCUGUGAAAACUCGCUCUUCUUCCUUACCCCAUCUCGAAGAACCCCAGUACGAUCUCAAUUGCCACCUCCACAUCGGCUAAUUUUCUGUUUUAUCGAUUGGAUUUUAUUCUGAUUCCCUUCUUCUCUCUUUCUCGAUCCCUUUUCCGUUUUGGAGAUUUUCCGUCGGUUUUCGGGGAUUUUCUUAGAAUUCUCGAGGACGGGCGAACCAUGAAGGUAGAGUUGCCGGAGGAGAAGGAGAUGGAUUUGCUCUUGAACGAGAUCCCCCAGGCAACAUCCCCCUAUCAUCAGGAACACCCCAUCCCCGGUGCCGACGCUCGUAGCAUCGGUAGCGGCGCGGACAACGCACGCCGUGGGUUGCCCGGCCAUCAUGGCUUGUAUGCCGGCGCCGCCCCGUGGCAUCCCCGUGGCCAUGGCAAUGGGUGGAUGUUUCAGGCGUCGUCGUCGGGGUCGAGCUCGAUUUCCAGUGACGACGGGCGGUGCCGCUCCCCGGAGCCCGGCCGCUUCCCGCUGAUGGAGGAGUUCGGCCUUGUUGAUCGCUUCGGUGCCAUGAAUGUCGGGAAUGGCGACGGGGGGCCGGGGAUGGGGCGGCUCGGGGGUGUCCCGGCCGACCCGCAUCUUCUCCAGAGCGGCUAUAGCAAUGCCGGCUGGAGGGGACCCUUCGAAGACAACUACAGAGUUGUUCGUCGCUCUGUUCAACCGAGCACGGUGCCAUUCAAUGACGACCGUAGAUCGCCUGGCUUCGUCCCCCAGCAGCAUUGCACUAAUUUAUCGGAUUUGUGGCUCCAAGCCCGGCGGUCCGAUGCCCCGCUGACCUGCCCGACCCGUGUGUAUUCACAGCAGAACUGGGAUGACGUGUUGAAUGGCCUGCAGAUCGGUGGCAAUGGCGGGUUGGGCCAGCACUCUGACAAUUCGGUGAGAGCCCUUUACCAGUCUUCGUUUGCUGAAGCCUUCCUGCAGCAGGGCGCGGAUGGUCUUAAUCAGAAUUUGGCUUUCUUGAAUUCACCGAGGCCACCGGAGCUGAAUGGAUGGGCGGCAUCAGUGGCGCCGGCGAAUGGUUGGGGACUGCAGUCCCCGUCCCCGAUGAGGAAUCUCAGAAAUGUUGAAGCUUUCGGCUGCGAGGAUAGUUUAAUUAUACAAGGGAAAGGGCUGCGGUCUGUGGGGAACGAUGAGCGGGAGUUCCCGAGGGAGCACAGCAGGCUGCCACAGCUUGAUGACCUCUUGGAUGUGAGAGGGAGGUCUGGUGUGCAUAGUCCGAGGCUUCAGUGCUCGUCACUGCCACCUGUAAAAUAUGAUAAUUUGAUGUAUGAAGGGAAUAUUUACCGCAUGGCAAAGGACCAGCAUGGGUGCCGGUUGCUGCAGCAGAAGUUCGAUGAGGGGAAGGUUCAUGAAGUGGAUAUGAUAUUUAACGGGAUCAUCGAUCAUGUGGUUGAGCUCAUGGUGAACCCUUUUGGGAACUAUCUCAUGCAGAAGCUGCUGGAAGUCUGCACUGAAGAGCAGAGGUUGAAGAUACUUCUCAUACUCACAGAAGACCCGGCCGACCUCGUCAGGAUCUCUCUAAACACUCAUGGGACACGGGCAGUGCAGAAAUUGAUAGAGACCAUCAAAAUCCCGCAGGAAAAAGAACUGGUGAUUUCUGCCCUUAAGCUAGGGUUUCUUGACCUUAUCAAGGACUUGAAUGGCAAUCAUGUGGUCCAGCGUUGCUUGCAAUCUCUUUCACCAGAAGACAAUGAGUUUAUUUUUGCUGCUGCUGCUGAGCAUUGUGUUGACAUUGCAACUCAUCGUCAUGGAUGUUGUGUCUUGCAACGCUGCAUAGGUCAUGCCAUUGGAGAAUAUCGAGCAAACCUGGUUGCUGAAAUUUCUGCUAAUGGGCUUUUCCUUGCCCAAGAUGCUUUUGGAAACUAUGUUGUUCAAUAUAUCUUAGAACUAAAAGAUCCAUCAGCAACUGCAAUUUUGGUAUCCCAAUUUAAAGGGCAUUAUGUAAACCUCUCAACACAAAAGUUCAGCAGCAAUGUAGUGGAAAAGUGCCUCAAAUUUUUUGGAGAAGACCACCGAGAACAGAUUAUAGCUGAAUUGCUCUCAGUGCCUCAAUUUGAGCAGUUACUGCAGGACCCCUAUGCAAACUAUGUCAUUCAAUCUGCCCUUGGGAAUUCCAAGGGAUAUCUCCAUGCUGCACUGGUCGAAGCCAUCCGUCCUCAUGCAUCGGUCCUUCGAACCAGUCCAUAUUGCAAACGGAUCUUCUCCCGAGCACUGCUGAGGAAGUGAUGUAGAUUUAGGACAGUAAAGAGGCUGUGUUGUUGUCCUCUGUUCACUAAUAGCUUAUCGAUAUAACAUCAGGAUUGAGAGUAAUGAUACCACAUGGCAACUAUUGGUGUCCUGUUGCAGCUCUUAUGCAUUAGGGCAUAGAGCUGUAAAAAUUAUCAAUUUUGCUUCCAGUUACUUAGGUACGUUUGUAAUGUGGAUGUAAUGCACACUGACUGUUUUAUUUUCUGCUCUCUUUGAUUACCAGAACUACGAUUAUCCUCCUGUCUUGAAACAGUUGCAUCAUAUGCAAUUGUACAGUGUAAUAGCAGUACAGUUUCUCUAGUUAUUACAGUCCAGUUUCUCUAGUUCUGGCC